AUGAGUGGAAGAAGUAGAUCAAAUUCACAUAGAUAUACCGAUAGAAGUAGAUCAAGAAGUAGAGAACACUCACACAGAUAUGAUGACUAUAGACAAAGUGAUGAUUAUAGUAGAAGAGAUGACUAUAAAAGAAGGGAUGAUUAUGAAAGAAGAGAUGAUUAUAAGAGAAGGGAUGACUAUGAAAGAAGAGAUGAUUAUAAGAGGAGAGAUGAAAAUAGUAGAAGAAGUGAUCAUGGUAGAAGUUAUCGACCAAGUGGAAGUGUUGUUAACAAAUAUGAUAAUAUAUCUACUAAACAAUUACAACCUGUUAAUUAUGAUAUUACUACUCUUCCACCAUUUGAAAAAAAUUUCUAUGUUGAAUCUCCAAUAACGGCGAACAGAGAUGCAGAAGAAGUUUCACGUUAUUUACAAGAAAAUGAGAUUCAAGUUAAUGGAUGUGAGUCUAUAAAGGCUCUUUUAACUUUUGAAGAAUGUAAUUUUCCACAGUCUAUUCUUGACGUAAUUAAAGAACAAAACUAUAUUAAACCUACACCAAUACAAGCUAUUGGAUGGCCAAUUGUUCUUCAAGGUAAAGAUGUAGUUGGUAUUGCAGAGACUGGAUCAGGUAAAACAAUUUCAUUUUUAAUUCCAGCUAUUAUACAUAUAUUAGAUACACCACUAGCACAAUAUAGAGAAGGACCAAGAGUAUUAAUUUUAGCACCUACCCGUGAAUUGGUUUGUCAAAUUGCAGAUGAAGCAAUUAAAUUUACAAAAGGAACUGCAAUCAAAACAGUACGGUGUUUUGGAGGAGUACCUCAAUCUUCUCAAAUGAAAGACUUCCAAUCAGGUUGUGAUAUUUGUGUUGCUACACCAGGGAGAUUAAUUGAUUUUAUUAAACGAGGAGUUACUAGUCUAUCAAGAUGUACAUUCUUAAUUCUUGAUGAAGCUGAUAGAAUGUUAGAGAUGGGAUUUGAAGUUCAAGUUCAAGAUAUUAUUGGUCAAAUUCGUCCAGACAGACAAACAGUUAUGUGGACUGCUACAUGGCCUCAGGCUAUUCAACAAUUUGCUCUUGGGUUUAUGUUUCAUCCAUUACAAAUUAAUAUUGGAAAUCCAGACCUUCAUGCUAAUGAGUCUGUUAAACAAAUUAUAGAAGUGUGUCAAGAACGAGACAGAGAUUCUAAAAUGAAUGAAAUUGUUAAACGAAUUGGAUCAGAAAAGAAAGUAUUAAUAUUUGUAAAAACAAAACGAAGUGCUGACAAUUUAUGUUAUAAAUUACGUGAUCAACGAUACAGAGUUGCUUGUAUGCAUGGAGAUAAAGUACAGGCAGAAAGAGAUCGAGCACUUUCUGAUUUUAAGAGUGGUGCAGUCAAUUAUUUGAUUGCAACAGAUGUAGCAUCAAGAGGAUUAGAUAUUAGAAAUAUAGAGAUAGUUAUUAAUUAUGAAAUGCCAAGUGAUAUAGAAAAUUAUAUUCAUAGAAUUGGUAGAACUGGAAGAAUGGGAAGAAGUGUUGAGGGAGAAGCUAUUUCAUUAUUUACUUAUGCUGAUGCAAGGUUAGCUAAAGACUUAAUCUCCGUCUUAAAAGGAGCACAUCAAGAAGUACCGUCUGAACUUCUCAAUAUGAGGUAUUAA